CAUCACAGUCCAGGUGGCAGGAGGCGGAGUCAUGCACACUGUCAGAGGAGUCCUGAGCAGGUUGGUUGUUCAUCGUUCUCUCCACAGGUCAGCUGGACGGUCCCGCCUCUGCAGCUGGAGGAAGGUUAAAGGUCACUUGCUUGAGGGGGAGUGGAGCCUUGCGGGGUUUGUCUGCGGGCUGGUGUUGGGGUCUGUGUACGGAGUCACGGCUUUGUUUCUGCAGAAUCAGCCUCUGUGGUUCUGUGUCUACACAAUGGUGGCGGUUGCAUUCUUAGCAGCGUUCGGUAUGGGUCUGUCAGCUGGAGUCCGGGCCGACGUCAUGGUGAUGCUGCCGUCACUCUGCUCAGCUCGCGGGAGGCACUUCCUCCUCUUCCUGUUUGUGUCUGUGCUGUUUUCUGGUCCGAUCGCCAACAUGUUAGAAAACACAGAGCGAGCUGCUGCCAGUCUGCUGUGUGGAGCCGAGCUGGCAGCCAAUCAGACACAAGAACUGAUGCAGAGAGCAACCACGCCCCUUUCCUCUGCGUUGGUCAAAAUCAGAGAAAUCAGCACCAACGCUUAUUCAGUCGCAGAAAGAGUCACCAACUUCAUCCACGCUCUGACUGAUGGAGUCCAACACAUUGCUCGCACUCUGAGGAACGUCCUCCACUUCCUGACAGACAUCGGGGACGUCUGUAACACCAAGCUGGGCGCUCCAUACAGGAAGUGCCGGGCAGUGUUCACUGAGGCUCGGGUCGACUGCUGCGACCUGCUGGGGGACUUCAGCGCCCUGUGUGAUAUUGUGGAGAGCUUAAUGCCGCUCUGCAACAUCGCCCGUGCCGGCGAGUUCUUCUGCAUAAUCCCCUCGUACAUUGCCAACCAUCUGAAAAAACGUCUUGCAGCUCCCAUUGUUGCAGUUUUUGAGCAAAUGAAGCAAGAGUUUGAAUUCAACAUCUCAGCCUCUGUGACCUUUGACCUGGAUGCCAACAGCAGUAAAUCUUUGCAGCAGAUGUCUCAGGACGUCAUGGACGAGGUUUCAUCAGACCUGCAGGUGUUUCAGAAACUCAGCGAGCCAUUAAAAUACGGUGGCCUCGUGCUGCUCGUCCUCUCAUUCCUGAGGGCGGUGCAGUACAGACGUAGUUAUCUCCGUGAGCUCAACUUUGACAACAUCUACAUCAGUUCUAAGUUUGAGGAGUUUGACCAACAGGUGACGUCCGGGGGCGGAGUGUCAGUCCUGCCAAUCACACGCAAAGAGGCCAAGACCUACAUCACACCAUUGUCGUUGCACCUGUCGAACGGAGAGUGGCGAGUGGUGUUGGUGGGCGUGGUCUCAGUCCUCAAACAUCUUGUGGUGGGGAGCCUGCUGGUGGCACUGGACUUCCUGGUCUUCUGGAUCCUGGAUCAGGUACGCCACCAGGUGACGGGAGAUGUGGUGGCCCGAGCCCCAGUCACCGUGGCAGUGCAGGUGAAUGGGUCAGGGUUUGCUUCAGACAUCUUCAGAGACCUGGUGGCUUCGUUUAACAUCCUGCAGGGAGGAAACGUCACCGUGAUCAGCAGGAAGUGUCUACUGGAGCCAUCAGAGCCAAACUACAACACAUGUGUCACUCUGGGUUAGAAAGUGACAUCAGUGCAGACAGCUCAUUAUCACACAGCUGAAUCAAUCAAUCAAUCAAUCAAUCAAUGAAUAAUUCAAGUGACAGAAAAUGACAGUUACAACACCUGAGAAUAAGUUUGUCUCCGACCACUUCUCAAACACAUCACAGCCAACUUACUUGCUGAUAUGUGGGCGGGGUCAUAGUAACAUCAGGUCCCAAAGGAGAGCAUUUGUAUUUUUGAUUGACAGUUAAGAUAAACUGAUUGUGAAGUCGAACUGAGCCGAAAACAAACACUGUUUCAAAGUGUUUUAUUUAGAAACUACACAUACA